GUGGGAUUGACCGGAAGUGGGUCUCUGCUCGCUGACCUCUUUGUGUCCUUGGAAAGAGUUGCAGCGUCGUCCCGCAGCUUGUCAUCUAAAGCUGAUCAUCAGGAGGAGGAGAGUCUGACGGAGCAGCAGAGGAACAUUUUCAGCCUCUACAGAGGAAACAAUGAGUUCAACACAACAGGACCAACCUGGACCGAGAAGUCAGUGCUCUCAGGAGGCUGAUAAACCUCACAGAAGGAAGGGAGAAAAAAAAUACACCUGUGAUGAGUGUGGGGUGGAUUUUUGUAGUAAGGGUUCAUUAAAAAACCAUCAAGUCAUUCACACUGGAGAGAGACCGUUCAACUGUGACUUGUGUGGAAAGUCUUUUACUCGGGGUGGACACUUAAAAACACACCAAUUCAUCCACAGUGGAGAAAAACCAUACAGCUGUGAUCAGUGUGGCCGAGCUUUUACUUACAGUAAUGGCUUAAAAAGGCAUCAAAUUACCCACUCUGGAAUUAAGGCAUACAGCUGUGACUAUUGUGGAAAAACUUUCAGCCACGUAGAGAGCAGAAAUGUACACCUACGCAUUCACACUGGCCAUGAUGUGUUCAGCUGUGAUCAGUGUGGCAAAUUGUGUGCAACAGGCACACAUUUACAAUCCCACAUGUUUACCCACACUGAGGAGAGACCUUAUCAGUGUGACCUGUGUGAUAAGACUUUUAAAGCUCCACAGCACCUGAAAGCACACCAACAGAUCCACAGCAGAAAGAGACUCUACAAGUGCAAUUACAGUGAGAAGCAGAGCCACACAGAUGGAUCCAGUUCUCAGUCCUGUCAUCGCUGUGGUGGUGGGAAAGCGUUUCGCUGUGACCUUUGUGGGAAAACUUUCAAUCAUCAAGUGAACCUAAAAGUACAUCAGCGUAGAAACACUGGACACAAACUGAACUACUGCAAAGAAUGUGGGAGAAGCUUCCCCACAGCACGUGGAUUAAAACAACAUGAACCCAUCCACAGUGGGGUUAAAAAGCACCUCUGUGACCAGUGUGGGUCAUCCUUCACCACUGCAGGUAACCUUAAAGUGCAUAAGCGAGUCCACACAGGAGAGAAACCAUACAAGUGCAGACACUGUGAGAAAAGCUUCUCACGAUCAGAUAGUCGUAGCCUUCAUGAACGUAUGCACAUUGAAGGGAACUACAGCUGUGACCAGUGUGACAAGAGCUUCAGGAAUCUCGGUUCAUACUCCCGACACAAACGAUCCCACGCUGAAAAGAAACUGUUUCACUGUUACCAAUGUGCAAAAACAUUCACUUCAUUAUCUGCUCUGUCCAAACAUCAGCGUGAUCAUGCAGGGCGGAAAUCAUUCCCAUCAUUGGAUCACAAUGAAUCUGCAGACACACAAAGAUCCUCUUCUGGUUGCAUGGUUAAACUUAAGAACCUUGAGAUCCGGCUCCACAGAAUUCUGAUGGAAUCUCCUGUAAAGAGUGUCAGCUAAUGUCACACUUGUAUCUGAUGAAGUAGCUCUGAUUUCUGGACUUGCAGAGAAUAAUCCUGAAUCUGACAUUUAGGAAGCUGCAAGUAUAGAUAUAUACAUCAAGGUUUUUAUUUUCUUUGAGGAAUUGUAUUAAUCCUUUAAAAUGUUAUCCCAGAUUUCCCAGUUAAAUUUGAAUCCUUUUAGAAACUGCAGUAUUUAGUAGUAGUACUUGUAUUAUAGAAAUGUCUGUUAUAUCCAACUGAUACUGCAGCCAAACUUUAUCUUUAAUAAGUACUUAAAAGUUGGUCAAGUCACUGCAGCACUGUGUUUAAUAAGCAGCAGCCAUCGAUAACUACAGACAUCAUGUCUCAUUAGAAUUUAAUUUUUAAACUAAAUAAUUUCUCACAGGUGACCCUGUCUGUGGUUAUGAAUAUUACAGGGUUGCCGUGGGGUAGUAAAAGGUAGUAAACAGAAUUUGACUUGGUAAUAAAUUUUUCAUCACCCCUUCAAUAUAUUUUGACUUUUCCAUUGAUGCAGACUUUUUGUUUCAAGUUCUUUUAACUAUAAGAUUUGUAUAGAAAUAUAACUACUCAGCAGGACCUGAGCUGACGUUGAUAGACGAGCGGUUCCACUGUCCGAUCUGCUGUGCGCAUGUGUGGAGUCAUUUUGCGCCUCGUCAUGGGAAAAUGUAGUUUUCACAACUUUGGGUCGAUGACUUGGCAUUCAAAGACUGGCUUAACCCUCCGGAAUACACGGACACGCUGACGCGUCAAAAUGCCAUCGCCGAUUUUAGAUGACGUAGCAUCGGGACGCUGCUGCCAUGAAUCGAGAGUGCAGACUUCAAACUGUGUACUAGUUUUUAAAUUACGUAAAUAGGCCAAGUAAAGCCAGAGUUAUGCCCAAUAAUUUAUGCCAUGCAUUUUCCUGUAUAUUGUCCUCACCUUCGAUGCGCAUUCAGAAAUAAACGGCGAAAACGUGAGUUUUGCUAACAGGAAGUGCUUGCUAAUAAAAACAAAACAAAACAAAAUAAUUCCCGACAACCCCCUUCCUAAUUGUGGAAAUAAUGUCCCCUAUCAACCAAUCAGAAAAUUAUGCGGUAAAACGAUGCAUUUGGGUGCAUUUGGCUGCUGCGGAGCAGGUGAAAAACUGGUAAAAGAGACACAUUACUGGCAGGUUUUACCUGUAAUGGGCCCCUCAGUCUUGUGGAGGACAGAAACUGUUUUUUGAGGUGGCAUAAAUGAUUUGUCUAGCAUCUUAAUGUGAGUCCUAAUUGCUCUGCAAAUAGUUGUACACAAAAACACCU